UCUCCGUGCUCGUUCCUCGGGGCUGCUGUAGUAAUGGAGGGGGUCACAGUCGGCCAGGUAUUUGAUGCGGAAUGCAUCCUCAGCAAACGGCCGAGAAAGGGGAAGUUUGAGUAUCUGGUGAAGUGGAGAGGGUGGUCGUCUAAGCACAACAGUUGGGAGCCAGAAGAAAAUAUAUUGGACCCGAGGCUGCUGGCAGCUUUCCAUAAGAGAGAACAAGAGCGGGAGCUUCUGUUCCAGAAGAAAGGAAAGAGGCCGAGAGGACGACCGCGGAAGAUUCUGCAGCCUGCACCAGCAGCCACAAAAGACAGCCGCUCCUCAUCCUCCUCUUCCUCUGGCCUUACAUCGUCCGCCUCGUCCUCUUCCUCAGAGGAUGAAGAGCACACAAAGAAAGCGAAGCCCGGCCCUCGUGUCCACCCCGUCCCCCAGAAGAGGCCUCAGAUCGUGCUUGCCAAAUCCGACCCUCCCCGAAAGAAGAAGCGUGGGAGGAAGCCGCUCCACCCUGACCUGAGGGCGUUAAGACAAGCAAAGAGCAGACCACCUCCUCCUCCUCCUUCACCUCCUCCUCCUCCUCCUCCACCACGCCACCACCAGGUGCUCAGACCACCCAGGGAGGAGCCUCGACCCGGGGUGAAGAAACCUCUGCAGCCGGCCAGCUUCACUUACACCGGGCUGAGCAGGACCUCCAGAGACGAGGCCGCCUCCGCCUCCCAGACCUCCGCCAGCUCCUUCUCCCAGACAGCCGCCUCCAAACCGGGAUCCCUCAGCUGCAUCUGGACCAGUCGCUCCAUGUCUCCGUCCUCCUCCUACAGCAAAACCAGUCCAUCCCCACAAAGUAAGAACUCUCUGUCCGAGCUGAAGCGCUCCAUCUCAGAAACGAGCAGCAGCAGAGGAGACGGGUACAAGGUGUCCGCGCUGAAACAAGGUGGAGGUUCAGGGUCGUUGGGUUUGCACAGCAGCUUCGGGGGAGGCCAGACGGCAGUGCAGCGCUCCCCGCUGAACCAGAGGAGGCACGACGGCACCGGGUUGGUCCAACACAAGCAGCAGAACCUCUCCAAAGCGUCAUCCUCACCUACGCCUCGAGACAGAGCCAACCAGGCGCUCAACCUCCGAGCUCUCAACCUGCAGAGCGUCAGCAAGCUGCCGGCCGGCAGCAGCCUUCAGGGGAACAACGCCGGAGCUGCGUCGUCGAGGUCGAGCUUAAGGAGCGGCAGCGGCAUGGUUGUUAAAGGAGGAGUGGGUGGGAUCAAAGAGACUCGAACAUCAGCCGGUGGGCAGCGGUCUGGACUGGCAGCAGGCGGCGGUGCAGAGCAGGCGAGGUUAAGGGAGGACAGGGGGAAGGAGAUGUUAGGAGACGCUAAGAAGAUGACAGGAAGCAGCUCUGCACGGGGGAACGGCAGCGGGAGGCACGAGGAGAGGAAACACGGGCUUGGCUCUCAGAACCGGAGCCUGAAUGAGCUCAGCACCGGCGACUCAGAUGAGACCAGCAGCAGCGAAUCAGAGCACGACGCCUCGCUGUACCCAAACAACAGCAGGCCCAGCCUCGGCAACGACGCCACGGAGUCCGACACAGAGACAGACUGGCGGCCGGCCCGGAGCCUCCUGGAGCACGUAUUCGUCACAGACGUCACGGCCAACUUCAUCACGGUGACGGUGAAGGAGUCGCCGACCAGCGUGGGAUUCUUCAACUCACGGAAUCACUGAAGGACGACUGCAGAGCUGAGCUGAACUGUCCUACAACACUUCCUACAACAGCUCUCAGGGUUCCUACGAUCCAGGCGUUCUCGGCUCUUUAUACGUUUAGAAAUGCACAAAAAAGUCUGGGAGCUUCUUGUGCUGCCGAACAGACGAUACAGUUUGUGUGGUUUCAGUAAUCCAGUGAUGUUACAUAAGUAGUAGAAGACAAACACGGUGGAGAGAUCAUACUGCAUAUGAAAUCCCUUUUGGUUGUUGAAACAGUGUAGGAACCCUGAAGUUUAGACCCUGUUUGCACCUGAUAGUAACACGCAGUCUGUGUCCUGAGAGGGAGGAGUGACAGUCCAAGGAUUAUUAUUCAGUCCUGGAAGUUAUUCCUCCACCCAUCGUCCUGCAGUCACAGUUUGCAGGGCUGAUAUUUGUCUUCAAACACCAGCGUCUCAGUUCAAUUGUACUGUUUUCUCCAGAUAUGCAGAUCAGCUCUCUGAGAUCUCUGCUGCUUCCACCUUCGUAUAAUGGAGGUAAAUGGACUUUAGUUUGUGGUGGUGCACUUAAUAAUUAAUACCUCAAGAUCAUUUCCUGGAAACAGAGUCCCAGCUGCUCAGAUUAACCCACAGACUUGCAUCAGAAGCAUCUGGUGCAGAGACCUAAAUAUAAAACUGAGUUUGGUGUGUGGUGGAGCAUUUAAAACAAGAGCACAGACCUCCACCAAGGCCAAACACCCAACCUUGCAGUGUUAAUGAAAGUGAAAAAUGAUUUUUGGAGCCGCUCCAAAAUUUAAAGGGUUCCCGUUCUACACCCUUCCACAUAGUUUCAUAAAAAUCGGUUCAGUAGUUUUUACGUAGCUCUGCUGACAAACAAACAAAAAAAAACAAAGCGGAGAUAAUGAGAUUCUUCUUGCUCAGAGAAACCACAGACGUGACUGAGGGGAGUCGGGAGGCAUUAAAUCGUAACUUUCUUGAAUGGAGUUUGGUUUGCUGUGAAGCAUCCAGAACUAAUAACAGACACAAAAGGAAUAAAGUCCCAGCUGCUCCGAGAAAACACAGACCUCACUGAGGAGAGUCGAGUGGCUUUAUAUGGUUUUCUGAAUGGAAGCUGGUUUGCGGUUUAGAAUUAAAAACUGAAAACAAAAAGAUAUAAAAUCCUCGUUGCUCCGACAAAAACCACAGACCUCACUCUGCACAGUCGGGGGUUAAAUCAUAACUUUUAUGAAUGGAGUUUGGUUUGGACAGAGUAGAUCAGCAACUUAGUCGUCAGUCAAAGGCCACUUACUCGGCCUUCUGCCUAAUCUCAUGGUCUUCAUCGGCAGAUACAGUUUGCUCCAUUGUCAUCACGUGAAUGCAUUUUUGGUCAUGUGAUCACAGGUCAUGUGACAGCUCCAUCCAGCGAUGAAGACCAUGACGGUGCAAAUGAAAGAAAACAAAAAGCGAGUAAGAGGACUUUGAGUGAAGAUGAUUGUUUUUUACCUUUCCAAUGACCGACGCUGGGUUUUCAGAUCAGGUGACGGAUCUCCUCUCAGCCCACAGACUGCAUUUUAUUAAACGGUGUAGAAACAAGGUUUAAGAACUACAGAUGGAUGUAUGACAUCAUCACCUCUCCAGUGCCUAAGGUUCCUCCCAGUCUAUCGAGCCCACUGCCACCACUCAGCUGCUUGUGACGAUUAGUUUGAGUAGGACAUGUUGUGCUUUUCGGACCUGUAUCCAAACUAAAUAUGUGGCUUCAUCCAGGGCAGCAUGUUUAAAUUAAAUAUUCAAAAACACACAAAAAAAAAACAACAAGUGAAGUCCGUCUGUGAUUGGUUCAUCUUCAUCCACACACACACACACACACACACACACACACCCGUCAGGUUUCUGUCCUCGUCUUUUAGUUCUCUUCGGACCAAAGCUGUUAUUGAAUGUGAAUGAUCUUGUUUAUUGAUUUGUAUUAUUGACAGUAUUCCUUGCACUACGCACAGUAUCAAUGUAAGCUGACAUCCCAUUAUCACUUAUAUUUACCAAUUUUAUACCAUUUUAAUACAUUGGCUGUCACAGUGUCUUUUGGAGUUGAAAUAUGUGUUAAUUUAUAUUUGUAAAUAAGUUUUGUUUUUUCAUGUGAUGACUGAUAUCUAUCUGGUGCUCAUAUUGGCUGACUAGCUUCAGAUUCUUGUAGCCUGUGUGCCUCUCUGCCAUUUUCAAGGUAUUUGAAAUAAACCGUAAGUACCUAAAGAACUAAACUGU